UUUUCCCCUUCGGAGUGCGACCGACGGCAACAAAACAUUGCGCCGCCGCCGCCGCACCGUUCAGUGUUGGAAAGUUUCGGGUCGUGCGUUCGUCUGUUUGCGUGCUUUGUGCGCUUCUCGUCCGAGGCCUAUAAAUAACCGAACUGUGCUUACCUACCGUUGUUCGUACGGUGAUUGCAAAGCACGUUAAACGCGUCAACCUGCUAAACGUUGCUUGUGUUUAAUUCGGGUGUUAUUUUGUUGUUUUUUUUUUAAAUUCCACCGUUCGAGUGAACGCCGGCUUACGGGUGUACGUGAAAGACCAUGUGAACCGCACAAGAGGAUCUGCCGGUAGAGCAGAUCAGGUCUGCUUAUCCCGGGUGUAACGUCGUCGACGACCGAAUACAUAACUCGUUGCUUCUGUCAGCGUUCACCAGAGGUGGCGGAAUGGAUGCGGCAGAUAUUAUACACGUCCUCCAGGAACGAGUAGCCACAGUGCCCGGAGGCCGAGAUCUGGACGGACGCCCGUUAGUCGUGGUGGUCGUACAGCCAUGGACCAACGGCUACUUGGACACCGCGCUUCGUUACUAUGCCUCCAUAUUUAGCCCCGAUACUAGACAAAUGGGGCUGUGUGUUGUGCUGGACGCCCAACGGAGUACGUGGAAAACCACUAAGAGUGUUAUGCACAAAGUGUUUGAAAUUUUAGAUGUCAAUAUCGGAUCGAUGCUGGUCGUGCGAUUGGACGUGUUUUGGGAUAAACAACGUGUAGAAAACUGUACGAAAACGCGUACCGAAGGAGAACCGAUUUUCGUGCCGUUGUCCAGAAUUAACAAGUACGUGUCGCAAGAUCAGCUACCGAUCGACUUGGGCGGAUCAUGGACGUACAACCACGAGCAAUGGAUACACAAUCGCAUCAGAGUAGAAGAGUUUAUAAAAAGCUCGGAAAAUGCCGUGUCCGACAUGGAAAAACUGCGACAGCAUUUGACAAACAAUCAAGAUUUGCUUAAACAAAACACGGCCGACAUCGUACUCACUGUGUCCGCUGAAAAAUACAAUUUGGUCAUUGAUUAUGUGAAGAAAGUCUCGCAGUCCGGUCAAAUGGUGUGCCAACGAAUAAACAAAACUUAUUCCGAUCAAGGGCAACCGUUUCCGCAAGACGUUCUGGACACCAAAGAAACACUUGAUCGAUACAUGAGAAUUGUCCACGACAAAAUGAUGGUAGUUGUCGAUUGCUGGAACAACGUACAGAAAAAAUUUGAUAGCAUAAAGGAGAUUCGGUUCUUGGAGCAAGGCAUCAAACAUGUUAUCAAUUGGAUUCUCGGGCCCGGUGAAGAGAUGAUGAACGGCAAACAACAGGUUGGCUACGAUAUUGUUUCAGCCGAAGAGUAUCGAAGAAAUCAUGAAACUCUUGAGCUCCAGUGUCGGGAUACCUACGGCCAUUAUGCCGAAUUGCUACACAAAAUCGGUCAAAUGCAGAACACCAAUUCUCAGUAUCAUAAAGAUUUGAUGGCACAACAAGACUUUUUGGAUUUUGUCUGUCGAAGUUUCGCUACAAGAUUGGAAAGAAGACGAAAUUUGCUCAUAACAUCUGCUCGUUUUUUUCGAUUGGUUGCUGAAUAUUUUCAAACCACAAGUGACGUAUAUGAGACAUUAGUGAUGGGCACCGAUAUUGAAAAUUUAGCAUCACCCGAAAGUACGCUACUACAGUUAAAAGUACAACAAGAAAAUAUUGAAGAAAUCGAGAGAAAUUUGGUAAAAGAAGGAGAAAAAUUAUCUGAUAUGUUGUCAAUGCCUGUUAAAAACGCAAUGGGAGUUAUACUGAAUGUAGAUUAUGAGGCCGAUAUUGUGAACGUGUCAGAAAUAUUAGAAAUGACUAAGGCUCGGUGUCAACUGUUUUGUGAUAGCGUUGAGCUACAACGUUUAACAUUACAGCAAGUUUCAUACGUGCUUAACUAUGAAACAGAUGCCUCUCAAGCAAUACAGUGGUUAGAAGAUUUGUAUCAUGUUUUAUUAAAAUCUCAUUGUCACGUUGGAGCUAACGCUGAUGAAAUACAAACACAAAAAGAAGAGCAUCAGUCGUUUCAAGAAACUGCCAAAAGUACAUACGAUUAUGGUUGUCAACUUUUGAACGCUGCUUUAGCGUUAAGACAAUCAUGUAAAUUGACUGAAGUCAGAAAUUCUACGCUUGCCAAUAGUCUUUGGCAGUCUUGGAAACAGUUCGAUGACAUCAGCCAAGAACAAUUGACCCGUUUAAGAGUGUCUGCUGUAUACCAUCGGAAUGUUGACAAAUACUGCGGACAACUAAGAGAUCUAAUGGAAACCGUUCAAACAAUUCAAGAUGAAAACAACAACAAUACAAGCAAGCAUAAGGGUCGGUUACGCAAGUGUCUUGUGACAAGGGAGAAAAUUCUACUAGAAGUUGGUCGCACUGUUCGUCUCGGCCGUAUGCUCAAAUCUAGGCUUCGAGAACCUCUUUGCAUUCGACAACAGGGCGAAGAUGUACCAUACCUUAAUGAGAGCGCAGUCGAUUCGAUCGGCCAAAAACUCAGUGUGGUUACUGAAUUAGCUGAACAAUUAGACUUUACUUUGUCUGGCUUAGCACAAAGUACCUUCAAUAACUUGCUGAAUGAUUGUUCUGGAAAUGUCACUCAGGAAUGGUAUGUGAAUUUGAGCAAAUUAAACGAUAAAGAUACAACGACUUCAAAAUCAGAAGAGAACAAUAAUAAUAGCCGAUCUGAUGCUGAAGAUUUUGUGACAGCCUCCGAUUGCACUGGUACACCACCUUCUAGAUCUUCUUCGUAUCACACUCCUUCCGAAGGAGAAGCUACGUCCAAUUCUCCGUGGUGGGAAAUAGAAGCAGCCGUCGAUACAACAAAAACCGAGGAACACGUCAAAGAUGAAGAGCCUCAGCAGGUUCAAGAAAAUAUAUCUACUGAUCACCAAUCGAAUAGUAGUUCAGAACUCGAAACUUCAAUUGAACCUGAAAAAUCUGACAAUGUUUCUGAACAAAUCAGCUCUACGAUCUCUAACGAAACAACAAAAGAAGAUAUCGACGAAGAAAUUGUUGUUUUACAUAAUAUUGAUUACACUACUGAAACUAACAACAAUGACUGCAACUUUUACAAGAAAAAUUUGGCUAAACAGUUAGCUGGAGUUUUUUGAGAAAUAUUGACUUGAUAUUUAUUUUUUAAUUUAUUAUAUUAACGCACCAACAAGACUGGUCCGAGACAUAAAUUCUUAAUUUUUUUUAGUUAAAAAAUAAUAAUGUUCUGUUAUUUUAUUAUUUAAUGAACGUGUUUAGUUUUAGGUAUACCAUUAAAAGUCAACGAAUUUACUUAAUUUUUUUUAGUCAAAUAUCUUUACAAAAUAUUGUGUAAUUUAUUUUUAUUUAGUUAAGAUUAGAAUAAAAAAUAUAUAUAAUAAAUAUGUUACUGUGUGUA